CUGCACACAACCUCCACAUCCUCACAUAAGAUCUGCCAAUUUCGACCCUUUGUCCUCACUAUCCAGUGUAGGAACCGCUUAUCAACUCCGUCUGGCACUUUCCCGAGAGCCCGUAGAAGCGCACAAGGCUGUUGAAGCGAUCAGGAACAAGGACUGGUGUCAAGGCUGGAUAUGACAAGUUCUACUGUUCUCCAAUAUGAAGCACCAUGGCCCGUAUACGCCCUCGACUGGUGCAAAUCGGCAGCCCCAGGACACCAACAUCGACCACGCUCAUCCUUCCGCCUCGGCCUCGGCUCGCUUACAGACGACUAUCGAAAUCGCAUAGCCAUCGUCGGUCUCCAAGAUGAGCGUGUGCUUGUCGAAGAUGAUUAUGCCCCAGAUUUUGGCGAUUCGUACUACCCAGACUUCGUUACCCUCGUUGAAGCGCAUCACGGGUAUCCUGCGACGAGCCUACAUUGGCAGCCAGCAUCGGCGAACUCUUUCGGCUGGGGUCAAAAACCGACCCAAUCGGAGCUGCUGGCGACGACUGGGGACGCGCUGAGAGUAUGGGAAUACGCGAGCGAUCAGUCGUCUGGAGGCGGUGGGAGCGGGGGCUAUGUCGGGAAGGCCCAAAGUUCUCCGCAGUCUAGUGGGCAUAGAUUGACAUUACGGGCUGCUUUGUCUGGGCAAUCGAAAGUACAGAACCACUCGACUGGCGCACCGUUAACCAACUUUUCAUGGAACGAGAAGUCGCCAAAUCUCAUUGUUACUGCCUCAAUAGACACAACAUGUACAGUCUGGAACAUCGAUACAUCCACCGCCAUAACCCAGCUUAUCGCUCACGACCGCGAAGUGUACGACGUCGCUUGGUUGCCACAAUCAACAGACAUCUUCGUGUCAGUUGGCGCAGACGGCUCGCUACGAGCCUUCGACUUGCGCUCGCUCGAGCACAGUACCAUUCUCUACGAGACGCCACCGCCGAAAACUGCUCCCUCUGCCGCUUCGUCUAACGGCAACUCAGCACCAGGCUCGCCUGGCACUUCCGCCCGCCCUCACACCUCCGCACUCCUGCGCAUCGCCUUCAAUCCAUCCGACUCGAACUACAUGGCAACCUUCCACCAGGACGGGCGCGACAUACAGAUCCUCGACAUGCGCAGUCCCGGGCAGCCUGUCAUGGAGCUGCACGCGCACCAGGCACCGAUCAACGCCCUCGCGUGGUCGUCUGGCAGCGGUACAGAGCCGCCACUGCUCGCAACGGCCGGUGACGACUGUCAACUGCUCCUUUGGGACCUCGCGGGGCAGACGUCUGCGAGCCCCGCGCCGCGGAGCGGGCACACGCACGGCCCUGGAAGCACAGCGGGCCUCAGUGCGAGCCCGCGCCCCGAGACGAAGAAGCGGAUUGUCCAGGACCCCGUUAUAGCGUACACGGGUCCGUCUGAGGUCACGAACGUCGCGUGGAGCCCCAGGAUUGCGGGCGUCGCGGGACAUGUCGCACCCGGCGAGUGGGUCGCGAUCGCGAUGGGCAAGAGCAUACGCGCACUCAAGGUGUAGGCUUGCUGGACGGUACAGUAAACUCCUUUCGAUGUCCCGCAUGUCGGGGUGGGACUCUACUCUGGAAUCUUGCUGUGAUGUGCAUUUCGGCGUAAUUAACAUGCAACGUGUAUUAUCUUCGCAACAGAGCUCUACAUCGGGUUACUCAGAGCGUUUAAGCUUUCAUUUACCGAAUACGAG